CAAACUUCCCCCACAACCCUGUAUUGCCCCUUAUAAAUUUGCAGUUACCAAAUGAAUCGACCAAUUCACACAAACGCAAAAGCAAAAUAUACCAUAUCAAUAUCACACAGAAUCUUCACAUAUCCACUUUCCAUUUCUGUACCUUUCUCCCUCUAUAAAACUAACCCUUUUGCUCCCUCUUUCUCCCAUCCCAAAUCGAAACCCUAUUAUUCCUUUGCAUUCUUUACUUCUCUGUUGCCGUCCAUGGCUCCAAGUUUGAACAAAGCUGGUUCUGGUACUACAGUCAAUAAUGCCUAUAGCAUGUCAUCAAUAACCUUGGAGGGUUCAAACUUCAUGGCCAAUGGCCAUGUCUUUCUCUCCGACGUCCCUUCCAAUAUUGUAGCCUCUUCUUCUCCUUAUGCCGCCACCGAUAAGGCGGAGGCAACCACCCCCGGCUGCUUUGUCGGGUUCAAUGCUCCCGAACCCGAAAGCCGGCAUGUUGUUCCCAUAGGAAAGCUCAAGAACAUCAAGUUCAUGAGUAUCUUUAGGUUCAAGGUCUGGUGGACAACCCACUGGAUCGGAACCAACGGCGGAGACCUCGAGAACGAGACGCAGAUGGUGGUUCUUGAGAAAUCCGACUCCGGUCGUCCCUAUGUGUUGCUUCUUCCACUCUUGGAAGGCCCUUUUCGGGCUUCUCUUCAGCCCGGUGUGGAGGACAACGUUGACAUUUGUGUGGAGAGCGGGUCCACCAAGGUGAGCGGAGCUUCGUACCGGAGUGUGCUUUACGUGCAGACCGGCGACGACCCGUUUGCCCUUGUGAAGGAGGCCAUGAAGGUUGCUAGAGUUCAUCUUGGAACAUUCAAGCUUUUGGAGGAGAAGACUCCACCGAGUAUCGUGGAUAAGUUUGGUUGGUGCACAUGGGAUGCAUUUUACCUUACGGUGCAUCCUCAGGGUGUGUUGGAGGGCGUGAAAGGGCUGGUUGAUGGUGGGUGCCCACCCGGGUUGGUGAUUCUUGAUGAUGGGUGGCAGUCCAUAUCUCAUGAUGAUGACCCGUUAACCCAAGAAGGCAUGAAUCGGACCUCUGCCGGUGAACAAAUGCCAUGCAGGCUCAUAAAGUUUCAAGAGAACUACAAGUUUCGGGACUACGAGAGUCCUAGAAGUUCAGGCUCGGGUGCCCCUAACAAGGGUAUGGGUGCCUUUGUGAGGGACCUGAAGGAGGAGUUUAAGAGUGUGGACUCUGUGUAUGUGUGGCAUGCUCUUUGUGGGUACUGGGGUGGUGUCAGGCCCAAUGUUGCAGGACUACCAGAAUCAAAGGUGGUGGUCCCCAAGUUGUCGCCUGGUCUGCAGAUGACUAUGGAAGAUCUGGCCGUUGAUAAGAUCGUGAACAAUGGUGUUGGGUUGGUCCCACCAGAAGUGGUUGAACAGAUGUACGAGGGUCUUCACUCCCACUUGGCGUCGGUUGGGAUUGAUGGAGUCAAAGUGGACGUUAUUCAUUUGUUAGAGAUGUUAUGUGAGGAUUACGGUGGCAGAGUGGAGCUGGCGAAGGCAUACUUCAAGGCCUUGACAUCUUCCGUGAGGAACCAUUUCAAUGGGAACGGUGUCAUUGCUAGUAUGGAGCAUUGCAAUGACUUUAUGUUUCUUGGAACUGAGGCCAUAACACUUGGCCGUGUAGGAGAUGAUUUCUGGUGCACCGAUCCAUCUGGGGAUCCUAAUGGCACAUUCUGGCUACAAGGGUGUCACAUGGUGCACUGUGCUUACAAUAGCUUGUGGAUGGGGAACUUCAUACAACCCGAUUGGGACAUGUUCCAGUCCAAUCACCCUUGCGCCGAGUUCCACGCCGCAUCCCGGGCCAUAUCCGGCGGACCCAUUUAUGUCAGUGACUCCGUCGGCAAGCACAAUUUCCAACUUCUCAAGAGCUUGGUGUUGCCCGAUGGUUCCAUCUUGCGUUGCCAGUACUUUGCCCUCCCAACUCUUGAUUGUCUCUUUCAAGACCCUCUUCAUGAUGGAAAAACCAUGCUCAAAAUUUGGAACAUGAACAAGUUCACUGGUGUUCUUGGAGCUUUUAACUGCCAAGGAGGAGGAUGGUGUCGCGAGACUAGGACUAACAAAUGCUUCUCUGAGUACUCCCAUCUGGUGACAUCCAUGGCCAGUCCAAAAGACAUUGAGUGGAAGAACGGAACAAACACAAUCUCCAUUGAAGGAGUGCAAGUGUUUGCCAUGUACAUGUUCCGCGAAAAGAAAGUGGUGCUGUUGAAGCCAUCGGAGACCAUAGAAAUUUCCCUUGAACCAUUCAACUUUGAGCUCAUAACUGUCUCUCCUGUCACAACAUUGGCAAACAAGUCCGUCCACUUUGCUCCAAUUGGGCUAGUGAACAUGCUCAAUUCUGGUGGCGCAAUCCAGUCGCUGGAGUUCGACGAUGAGGCUGGUUCGGUUCGGGUUGGGGUGAAAGGAACUGGUGAAAUGAGGGUGUUUGCUUCAGAGAAACCGAGAGCUUGUCAGGUUAAUGGGGAAGACGCUGCAUUUGUCUAUGAGGGGCACAUGGUCGUAAUUCCAGUGCCAUGGUCUGGCUCUAGUUUGUCUACUGUGGAGUACAUAUUUUGAAGCUGGGGUUGAGAUUUACUAGUAUUAUUAGGUUUUGAGAUUUAAUAGUACUGUAUUAUGCUUUCUUUUUAUUUAAGUGUGACUAUAUAUGGGUGUUUCUUGGAAUUAGGAAUAUUGGUCAAUGAAUUUCAAGUAAUACAAUAGCUAAAUGUGAUUUUUAUUUUUCCA